GAGUUCAAGCCGGCGGCGAUGGGGGUGGAGGGCGCCGAGACGGCGUCCUCCAAGCCGCGGUUCCGAAUGCCGGUGGACUCCGACAACAAGGCCACCGAGUUCUGGCUCUUCUCCUUCGCGAGGCCGCACAUGAGCGCCUUCCACAUGGCGUGGUUCUCCUUCUUCUGCUGCUUCGUGUCCACCUUCGCGGCCCCGCCGCUGCUGCCGCUCAUCCGCGACACGCUGGACCUCACGGCCACGGACAUCGGCAACGCCGGGAUCGCGUCCGUGUCCGGCGCGGUGUUCGCGCGCCUCGCCAUGGGCACGGCGUGCGACCUGGUGGGGCCCCGCCUCGCGUCGGCGGCCAUCAUCCUCCUCACCACGCCCGCCGUCUACUGCUCGUCCAUCAUGAACUCGGCGGCGGCGUUCCUGCUCGUGCGCUUCUUCACGGGCAUCGCGCUCGCGUCGUUCGUGUCCACGCAGUUCUGGAUGAGCUCCAUGUUCUCGUCCAACAAGGUCGGGCUGGCCAACGGUUACGCCGGCGGGUGGGGCAACCUCGGCGGCGGCGUCGUGCAGCUGCUCAUGCCGCUGGUGUACCAGGCCAUCCUCAAGGCUGGGAGCACGCCGUUCACGGCGUGGCGCCUGGCGUUCUUCAUCCCGGCUUUUAUGCAGUCGUGCUCGGCCAUCGCGGUGCUGGCGUUCGGGCAGGACAUGCCCGACGGCAACUACCGGAAGCUGCACAAGAGCGGGGAAAUGCACAAGGCCAGCGUCGGCAGCGUGCUCCGCCACGGCGUCGGCAACUACCGGGCCUGGAUCCUGGCGCUCCUGUACGGCUACUGCUUCGGCGUGGAGCUGACCGUGAACAACAUCAUCGCGCAGUACUUCUUCGACCUCUUCGGCGUCAACCUCCAGACGGCCGGGCUCAUCGCCGCCAGCUUCGGGUUGGUGAACCUCGUCUCCCGCCCCGUCGGCGGGAGCCUGUCCGACGGGCUCUCCAGACGGUUCGGCAUGCGCGGCAGGCUGUGGGGGCUGUGGGCCAUCCAGACCAUCGAGGGCGUGCUGUGCAUCGUGCUCGGCCUCGUGAGCGGCUCCUUCGCCGCGUCCGUGUCCGUCAUGAUCGUCUUCUCCCUGUUCGUGCAGGCCGCCGAGGGCCUCACCUUCGGCGUCGUGCCCUUCGUCUCGCGGAGGGCGCUGGGGCUCGUCAACGGCAUGACGGGCGGCGGCGGCAGCGUGGGCGCCGUGCUGACGCAGUACAUCUUCUUCCACGGCACCAAGUACAAGACGGAGACGGGGAUCAUGUACAUGGGGGUCAUGAUCAUCGCGUGCACGCUACCCACCGCGCUCAUCUAUUUCCCGCAGUGGGGCGGCAUGCUGGCGGGGCCGCGCCCGGGGGUGACGGCGGAGGACUACUACAACCGGGAGUGGACGGCGGAGGAGCGCGACAAGGGGUACAACACCGGGAGCGUGCGGUUCGCGGAGAACAGCGUGCGCGAGGGCGGACGGAGCGCGGCUUCGGGCAUCAUCCAGCCCAUGGAGUCCUCGCAGGCCGACGUGUGAAACUUUUCCGAGGAAGAAGAAGAUCUAAGAAGCAAAUGUUACGUGCCUAUAUCGGUAUGAUGAGAGAGGUCCCGCGUGCGAUGGCAUAUGCACCGUUCCCGGUAGCUGUGCAGGCUCGUGCCUAACGGGAAUGUAUCUGUGUGUGCGACGUCCAGGGCUCUUUCUGCGUGUGAUUACAGUUUU